AAAUAGUGCUCCGAUUGUUAUUUUUGUUGUGUUGCCCGGUAGUUAUAUAAAGGGUGUUAGCCCGCCCCCUGAACUAUGACUGGCAAUUUGAAGGCCGCUCGGCGCCGCUUUCCGCCCCCUGCUCAUCGGGAGGCGAAGGACGAUGUCGAAGCCGGUGUCUGUGGUCUCAGCGAUCGACCUGUCGAAGCCACCCAUCAUCGAGGGCUUUGCCAUUCUGCCCAAGCACAUUGAGGAAGGAUUUCAGGACAAAUUAAUCAGGAAAACAACGGAGAAUCCGUUCGUGCCAGUCGGAAUGCUGGGUACAGCAGCUGCCCUUACGUAUGGCUUGAUCGCUUUUAAACAGGGCAAGACCCGGCAAUCUCAGCUGUUAAUGCGAACACGUAUCUUUGCCCAAGGUUUCACUGUUGUUGCUAUCCUGGUGGGUGUGUUAGCUACUGCAAUGAAGCGCAAGGAAAAGUGAACUUCCACUCUGAACAGAAUCAACCAAAAAUGGAACAAUCUAAUUGUUGGAAAAUUGUAUUCUGACAUUUGAAAUGUGUGAAUAAAAUUCACCAUAAAAACAUUAAAAUUAUCACUAUAAAGUUUUAUCACUUUCUGCAUUUCCAGAAAAAAAUGACUACAAUGUAAGUGUGUUUUCUGCAUUAUUAUUGCAAAGUUAUAUGGUAAAAUAGGUUUAUAAAAAAUAAUGUUCUCAGGCAAGCCACGUUUAAACAUUCACAUUUAUCAAGAGUCAAGUGUUUUAUUGUCAUAUGUCCCAGAUAGAACCAUGAAAUUCUGACGCAGUAUCUUAUACUCAUGCUCUAUACAAUCCAGGCCAUUCCUCAAGUAGGUAAUAAUAUUGUUCCAUAAUUGUUAAUGACUAUAUACUAUUUGAUUUGCUAUAUUUUCAACUUUGUUUUCUCAGCAGCCGUGUUCAUGACUAAAUACUGACAUUUAAAAACCUGAAUUGUAUUAGGAAGUAUGUGACCAAAACAAGUGCUAGAUUAAAGCUUCUGAGCAGUCAAAAUACCAGUACCUUCCAAAAUAUCAUAGCAUAUCUUAGCAAAUAGUGUUCACUUCCUUUACCUGAAAAAGAGACUUUACUGAAUUUUCCAUACAUUUUAACUGUAAUGUAAUAAACCAUCAUUUAAAAAUUA